AUGCAAUGGGUAUAUCUCUUGUUAUCUGUCAUUGGCAUUCUUGUGACCCUCACGUACAGCCCCGAAAGCAAGACACUCUUUCUCCCAUUCUUGCUUCAAGCUAUUUGGCUCUACAGUGCGUCAGAUCCUUCUCAAGUGUCUCUCGAAAUUCGUUGGUACACAAUCUGCACGGUUUUCUCUAUCACACUAGUCUAUGUGUUGUGCGAGCUCCUCCGGUGCACGUUUGGCUAUGAGAUGAGCACAGGCCACUGGAUCAGCGUCGCACUGCUUGCUAUAAUAUGCAUGCUUUCAGGCACUCAGCCUGGGAGUCCCUCGUGUGAAGCGCAUGGCGGGAAAGUCAUUGAGGUCGCUCAUCGCGAGCGCGACCCAGUCAUUGACUCGGGCCGUGACGAAGAAGACUCGCCAGGGCCGAUGAACAUGGCUCCUAGCGAAACGAUGGACAACUCUGUUCUGGGCGCGCUUUUUUUCACGCAUGUAUUCUCUCUCAUUCGGUGUGAGCGCCGCCGUGGUAUGCUGGGCUCCUUGGAUGUCCCUGUCCUUGGCGCGCACCUACAUGCUGAAGUCCUUGGACAUCAAGUCGAGCGCGCUUUCGGAAACGAUGCGCACAGCACGCAGCCAAGAGCGAUUGAGCUUGAGGGUUUUGAUGACCAAGAUGGCGUAGAAGAUGAGAACGCACCGCUCCUGCCCCAGAGGGAGCCGACAUCGCAGUCUAGCGACGAACCUGCAUUGUGGUCACCCAUCGCUCUCCGCCUGCUGGGAGCUCUAGUUCGUGCUAAUUCCACGCAGUUCUUCGUUAUCUGCAUCCUUACGAUGAUUGCUGUGCUUGCCUAUUAUGGGCCAGCAUUUUUCGCCAAUCGCAUUUUCCACGUGCUGGAGGCGGAUCAGGACUUGUCACUGUCACCAUAUGAUACACUGCAACAUGCGAUGCCGUGGGUAUUGGGUUUGUUUUUAACUGUGAUCGCGAGUAGCACUCUCCAAGGUGCAUUAUGGAGUCGCUUGGAGGGCUCGCUUGCUAUACGCCUAUCAACACAACUGUCAAUGCUGCUCUUUAACAAGACAUUGAAUCGGCAGCAUGUCGCCGACACAAGUAGUGAGGGCAAGGGUCAGCAGCAGGUCCUCGCCUUGCAGCUGGUCGAUCUAGAGCGCAUCGUGGGGAUGAGUUUUCAUUUGUUUGCUGGGAUCACGACUCCAUUGGAACUGUGUGUAGGUGGCUACUUUGCGUACCGAGUUUUGGGGAUCAGUGCGAUUGUGGGCUUGGGCACCUCAGUGCUGCUGAUGCCCGUCAUCGGCUUGCUGAGUCGCCACUUCCGCCUCGCAAAUGAAAAACUCAUGGCGUCUCGUGACAAGCGCAUGGCGCUCUUAAAUGAGUGCUUCCUGGGCAUACGCAUGAUCAAAUCCCAGGCCUGGGAACGCGUGUAUAAAACGAAAGUCGAAGACACGCGCUCUAGCGAGCUGGGUCAGCAACUGCGCACGUACGUAUAUGAGGCUAUGCUCUCAACGGUCUUGGAGGUAAAUCCUCUACUUGUGACGCUUGUGGCAUUCACUUUCUACACUCAAGUCCUGAAACAUACUCUUACGCCGGCGAUUGCAUUUACGUCACUCGCUAUUUUCACAGAGCUGCGCUGGACACUGGUGCUUUUGCCUCGUGCUAUCACCAGCUUUUUGCAGACGCUUGUGUCGGCGCGACGCGUGGGCGAAUUCCUUGUCAGCACAGAAGUGACGCCAUCGCCAUAUUCGAACUUUUUCGUUCGUCCCAGCGACUGCACGCUGCGCAUGGAGCAUGCGACGGUGUCAUGGCCUACUAUGCCUGGCCAGUCAUCGUUCAGGCUGAGUGACAUCAAUCUUGUCUUCUCACCUGGAAAGACGCUUAUUUGUGGCCGUGUCGGUGCAGGAAAGACUCUUCUUCUGCAUGCUUUACUUCACGAAGUGGAAGUCCAAAAGGGAGAGGUGAUUUGCCCACGCUCACCCCGACAAGGCGUGCCAUACAAUGCACAUUCGCGGGCAGAAGCACUUAGGGCUCUCGGAACGCCUGACUGGCUGCGAUCGGAUCUUGUUGCUUAUGCACCACAAGUGCCUUUCCUUAUGCAUACAACGAUUCGAGACAAUGUCUUGUUUGGCCUUCCAUUGGGCGAUGGAAAGCUCUAUCAAGCAGUGCUUGAGGCUUGUGGUCUCGCCCCUGAUCUCAAGUAUUUGGAGCAGGGUGACUUGACACCCGUUGGCGAAAAUGGGAUGGAACUGUCCGGUGGCCAAAAAGCGCGGGUGAGUCUGGCUCGUGCUGUGUAUUCGCGCGCCAAAAUUCUGCUAUUAGACGACAUUUUUUCGGCCGUUGAUGCACAUACAUCCAAGCACUUACUAGAGCGUUUGUUGAAUGGACCUCUCCUCAAGGGAAGAACGGUCCUUCUCGUUUCGCAUAAUGUUGAGCAAGUGGCCAAGAGCAUGGACCAAGUCGUAUAUCUAGAUGGGGGGCGUGUGGACUUCGCCGGCUCUCCCAAAGAGUUUCUUUCAUCGAAGCAAUACAUGGGCUGGCAGGAGUCUGACAACCAAGAGGAGCCUAAGCAUGAGGAUCCUGCUUUCUUUGCUGCGGAUGCGCCGCGUUUGUCUACGAGUGCCGUCAAACGUAACAUUGAGCGACGUGAAAAAGGUGGGAUUGCCUCGCACGUGUGGGGCGCGUACAUCCAAGCAAGCAGUGGGUGGGCCCUUUGUAUGAUCACCGUGCUCUUGUUCGCUCUGACGAACUUGUGGGGAUUGGUGACGAACCUGUGGCUGCGUGACUGGAGUGCGUCUGACGGUCGUGGUCAUACGAGCUCGUGGUGGCUCAUACGCUAUGCGGGACUGCUCCUCGUUGGGAUCAUGUUUGGAGUGCUGCGAUGGAUCGGCAUCUACACGAUGUCACUGCGUGCGUCGCGUGAGCUGUUCGAGCAGCUGAUUCGGCGCACAUUGCAUGCGCCUCUCCAAUUCUUCGACUCGAUGUCGCGAGGCCGCUUGCUUAAUCGGUUUGGCCAGGAUUUGGAAGUGCUUGACUCGAAGUUUGCCACUGCAAUUGCCGAUGUCGCAAUCCGUGUGACGCAGCUUCUAGCUACUAGCAUUGCGCUAUUUAUCGUCGGUGGAAUCGGCUUCGUGAUUGCUCUGUUUGUGCUAUUGCCCGUGUAUGGUGCUGUUGCACAAAUGUACAUCGCUGUUGCUCGAGAUCUCCAGCGCCUUCGUUCUACAUCACGCUCUCUUGUCGCGUCAUCGUUCACACACGCUGUACAUGGCGUCCAAGUGAUCCGUGCUUUCGGUGCACAAGAGCAUUUUGAGUGUGAAAUGAUGGGCCUACUUGACAACACGAACCGGUUCGUUUGGUGGGCUGCACAGGGUGGUCGCUGGGUCAGUCAAAUGUACAACCUAACCAGUUCCGUGCUUAUGCUCGUGGCAUGUGUGAUUAUGCUGCUUCAGCCACAUACGCCGGCCGCCACUAUUGACUUCUCUCUGACGUUCUUGAUUGACCUGAACUUCGUAUUGCUGAUCCUUAUGCGCAUGUACACUCAAUUGCAAGUGAAUGCUGUGGCUGUUGAACGAGUAUUUGAAUAUGCUGCUUCCAUUGAGCAAGAAGCCGCGCGCAUUAAAGAGCCGCGUCCACCAAGUGAGUGGCCAUCUAAGGGCGAUGUCCAAGUCCGUGAUCUGGUGCUUCGUUAUGCUCCCGACGCGCCUGACGUAGUUAAGCGCAUCUCUUUCUCUGUUCCAUCUGGCUCUAAGCUUGCCAUUGUAGGCCCAACAGGCAGUGGCAAGUCAUCCCUGUUUAACGCAUUUCUGCGUCUCUUGGAGCCGCAAAGCGGAUCAAUCGUCAUAGACGGUUGGAACAUUGGCCGUAUUGGACUUGAAGAUUUGCGUUCACGGUUGUACUUGGUGCCACAAGAUCCUGUGAUCUUGUCCGGCACACUUCGGAGUGUGCUGGAUGUGUUGGGGGAGUUCGACGAUGCCAAGCUUCUAGCUUGUCUUGAAGCAGUCCAUCUUGUAACUGAUGAUAACUCAGCUGGAAAAAGUCCAUUCUCUAACCUGGACAUGCCUAUUGCAGAGAAUGGUAGCAAUCUAAGCCAGGGUCAGCGUCAGCUACUGUGUGUGGCACGCGCCUUGCUGCACAAGUCACGCAUUGUUCUGUUUGACGAGGCAUCUAGCUGCAUUGACUAUACGACAGACAUGCGCAUCACCGAGACAGUACAUCAGGUGUUCGAUAAAUGUACCGUCAUCACAAUUGCCCAUCGUCUACGCACCGUCAUUGGGUAUGAUAAGGUCAUGUAUAUGGAUCAUGGGAAAAUCAUGGAGCUAGAUGAGCCUGCCAAGCUGCUCGACGAUAAAUCAUCACACUUUUACCGCCUAUGCAAGCAGACAGGCCCGGCCGAGUUCCAGUUCCUUGUCGAAGCAGCGAAACAGGCAGCGUCAAAACGUCAAGCUCCCCCGACUAUCGCCGCCUCCUCGUAG